AUGGUGAAGAAAGGUAGCCCCGGCCCCGGUGCAGGCGCAGGCCCCAACAUGGGGCCAACCAUGGGGGGCAAAUCCAUGCUGCAACACGGGCCUUCUGGGGGGUCUCAGAGUGGGCCCGAGGGAGAAGUGCGAGGGCCGCCUCUGCAUCACCACACAGAGCGACCGCUUCAGAAUGUCAAUGUGGCACCCAGACAGGUUGGGGGAGCGCAGAACCAACCGCAGGCCCAGGCCCAGGGUACUGCGCCUUACGGACCCGGUGGGCACCCGAACGUACAGGGCAUGCCGCCACGACCACUAGCUAUGCACCGACCACCACAGCCUAGCAACCAACCGAGAUCCCAACAGCACCCACAACAAAAACAGCACCCACAACAAAAACAGCACCCACAACAAAAACAGCAGCAGCAGCAACAACAUCACCACCAACAACAGCAACAGCAGCAGCAACAGCAACAACAACAACAACAGCAACAACAACAACAACAACAGCAGCAACAACAACAGCAGCAGCAACAACAACAACAACAACAACAGCAACAACAGCAUCCGCCCCAGGCCACACAGCAGCGAUUGAAGGUGGAGGACGCCAUUUCGUAUCUGGAUCGUGUCAAGAUACAGUUCGGUGAUAACCUGCACGUGUACAAUCAGUUUCUAGAUAUCAUGAAGGAGUUCAAAUCUCAGGGCAUUGACACGCCAGGUGUUAUUGGCCGUGUGUCGAGCUUGUUUGAGGGCCAUCCCGAGUUGGUGAAGGGCUUCAAUACCUUCCUACCUCCAGGUUACAAGAUAGACUACGCCCCCGGUCAGAGCUACGGCCCUCCGUCGGUGACGUUAAAUUCUCAGCCGAUAGGAAUCCCGGAUUACCACCCGCGCAAUCGGCCGCCCAUGCCCUCGGCCAAUCAGAAUCAGGCACCGGGAAGUGCGCUACCACAACCACAGUCGCAACCACCGAUGUCACACCAUCCACAGCAGCAGCAACAACAGCAGCUGGGUGGUCCCCCUCAGCAAGGACCGCCGCACACCGAUAGUCCGCCACAGCCAGCCCAACAACGAGGCCAUGGGUCAGCAGACAAAGGCACGCCCGCGGCUCAGCAGGCGCAGGGAAGUGCGGUACACUUGGGCGGAGCACACGCACACUCGCAAGGACGUCCCGUGGGGGGUGGUAUGGUGGCGCCUCAGCACCCUCAACCGCUGCCACACAGUGAGCUUGCACCACCCGUCGAGUUCAACAGCGCCAUAAACUACGUUAACAAGAUAAAAACCAGGUUUGGACAGAGUCCGGAUGUGUACAAGCACUUCCUGGAGAUUCUCCACACCUACCAGAAAGAGCAACGGACAAUUAAAGAGGUGUAUCAGCAGGUGGCUACCCUUUUCCGUCACACGCACGUCAUGUGGAAACCCGUCACACACUGCACCCGUUAUAAGACAGGAGAUAUCUACAAGGUCUUUGUGUAUACUAAAAGUCGUCGCACGUCAUUGGCAUGCUCAAUACAAUCAUUUGCCAAGGUGCCUGGAUUCACACCAUUCUUCAGCACUCAGUAG